AUGUAUUCUAAUUCAAAAUGUCUUCGCUGUUUUCUGGCAAUUAUAGGGGGAGGAUUGCUUCAUGGUGUGUGUCCUGAACUGAGUGGUAAAGCUGGUGGACUAACAGACCGCACUACCAGCUGGGAAGGCAUGCAUGAGUCCUCCCAGCCUAUUUUUGACACAGAUGCUUUGCUAAAAUGCAAUGCUAAAUUUAAUAGAGACACAUUACCCAGUAGCUCUGACAAACUGGGGACUACAGGAGACAAUAACAUGAGAGAAAUGGUUAAGGACGCUGUCACGUCUGCACCACAAAAAGUUGCUGCUAAGCAGGCAAGUAAGUCUCAACCCGGGGAUCUUUUGACACUGGAAAAAGUGACAAAGAAGAAAGAUACAGGUGAGAGUUAAUAAAAUAAAUAGAUUUCACUGCUUUAGUACAUCCUCUUCGGAUGGUUGUAACCUCUGCUCGUCCACACCACAAAUGAACGUGCUCUCCAGUGAUGCAUCUUCCCUCAGACGCAUUAAUUAUGUGCUCAACUCUCUGUUAAGAUCAUUAUGCAUGUAAUCGAAGACCACUUUACAAACUUAGUGGCUACUGAAAGCGAAACAUAUAAAUCAAUUUACUAAUUUAAUAGCUUGUUUGACUACAUAUUAAUGUUUCCAAGACACUGUAUUAUUUCUAAAUCACUUCAGUAAUUUGUUAGGAGUCUUCUUACCUCGUCUCUGGGUUAUGUACGUGUGAAGGAAACAAAAUCUGAUUAUGAUGGUAAGCAUGAAAAUCUGUAUUGUGUUAGACUAUAUGAAGAUCCUUUGUGGAUUUAUGCCUAAGCUACAGCUUAUCCUCUGAGACACAGUGCUAAUGAAUGUUGUGUUGUACCUCUGACUGACAGUAAUAUGUAAUGAGGAAAACCUAUCAAGUUGAAGGCACAUGCACAAAAUCACGUUUUAUGUUGUCAAUACCUAAACACCCAUUGUGCCUGAGAAAUGUGGAGCUUGAAUUUCAUUUAAGUCCUGGUACCUGGCCAGUGAACUGAAUUCCUCCCCAGGCCUCUGAAGUGAGACUCAAAAGGCUUGUGCAAAGUGUUGAACAGAAAACAAAGUAGAGGCACCUGGGGCUAGCUGACACUGAUAUAAAACAUUAAAGACAUAAGGUAACAUAUAUGAUGUACGAUUUCCAUCAACAGUAGGUCUUCAGGGUAACAAGUAGGGCUCUUCACCGGUGCAUGACAUAUUGGGUGUGGGCAAGCACUUCCCCACUAGAUACAGAAAAGGCUUAAUAAGAAAACGGGUUGGGAUGAAGUUAAUGAUUUCUGUAUUGUAAAGAAAAAAAAAAUUAAAAAGAGGAUUAUGCAGCAAAUUUUUUAAUGUAAGUUCCAGUAACAGACAUGUUCCAUUUCUGGUCAG